AUGAAUAAAGAAAACAACAAAGGAGUUAAAAAACCAAAAGAUGAAAAUAAUAUUCAUUAUAAAAAUGCUUUAAUGAAAAAAAAACAACAAAUAGAGGAAAAAAGAAAAAAAAAAGAACAAGAACAACUAAUUAAAGGAAUUUCUCAAGAAGAAAUUAAUGAAACAAAUUAUUAUUUUGAAAAUGGGCUAAGAAGAGUUUUGCCUUAUUUUUACAUAUUUAAAGUAAAUGCAAAAGGAAGGUGGAUUGGAAGAACUAUUGUUGAUGUUUUUGUUAAUGAAUUUAAACUUUGUAAUGAAGAAACAACAAUAAAAAAAAUUGAAAAGGGGUUAAUUAAAAUUAAUAAUAAAUUAAUUGAUCCUUCUACAAUUAUUCAUCAUCACGAUGAAAUAGAACAUCAAGUUCAUAGACAUGAACCACCUGUUUAUUGUGAUAAACUUACUAUAGUUAAAGAAACAAAUGACUUUAUUGCAAUUGAUAAACCAUCUUCUGUUCCCGUACACCCUUGUGGGAGAUAUAGACACAACACUGUAAUAUUUAUAUUAUCACAUGAAGGAUAUCCUAAUUUAAGACCAGUUCAUAGACUAGAUAGAAUGACAUCUGGUAUUUUAUUAUUAGCUAAGACUAUUCAAGCAGCUCGAGAAUUUCAAAACCAUAUGGUUAUUAAAAAAAAAGAAUAUAUUUGUAGAGUGAGAGGAAAGUUAGAAAAAACAGUUGUAACUAGUAAAAUUGGAAGAAAAAGAAUUGAUGAUAAAAAAAUCCAUGUUUCUGUUAAUAAAAUUGAAGAAGAUGGAAAAGAAUGUUGUAGUGAAUUCAAUCCAUUGUUUUAUGAUGAAAAAACAAAUACAACUGUUGCUGUUGCAUUACUUGGAAGUGGAAGAACUCAUCAACUCCGAGUACAUUUACAAUCAAUUCAUCAUCCUAUUGUAAAUGAUCCAAUAUACGCUGCUCAAUUUGAUGAAUCAAAAUGUGAUGAUGAAGGAAUAUUUGAGACACAGUAUGGAGGAACAAUUCAAUGGAAAAUAGAAGAGGGAUGUAUUGAAUGUGAACAUCUUAAAGGAGAUCCAAUUCAAUAUGGGAUUUAUCUUCAUGCAUGGAGAUAUAUUGUUGAUGAUGAAAUCUUUGAAACAAAACUUCCUUAUUGGGCACAGCCAAAUGUUGAUAUUUCACAAGAGAUUGAUGAAUUUAACAAAAAUCAUAUUUUAAUUUAG